AGUUUGUCCCGCCCCCACGCGGAAGUGAGCUUGUGAGUCGGGAUGGAACGUUUCUCACAACAUCCUCGUGCCGUUAAACCAUCGUUUAGCUAGUAAAAGUACGCCUUUGUUGUUUUUUCCACCCAUGUUGGUGUGCUCGUAGAGUGCAAGGAAACAUGGCUUGCGUCGCUUUUCAAACGCAGCUGUCGUCCAUCUUGGAGGUUUUGGUGAAGGCGGCGGUGGCCGAAAUCAGCAAGCUGGUCGAUGACAAUAGCGCCUUCCUGCACCUGGAAAUCUCGCGGAAGCAGAGCGAGAACGAGAUGUUGAAGAGGAAGCUUCUGGCGGUCGAGAAUAAAAACGCGCAGAUGCAGCGAGUCUUCGAAAACUUGGCGGACAGAGGACGUAAUGAAGGAAACACUGCCCAUCCAACGGGAGACAUUAAAUGUUCUGAAGUGGAAGGCACAAACAUUUCCUUCACCAUCAAGGAAGAGAGUCCGGAUGAGGUUCUGUGGAUCGGCGAUCCCGCUGGCUCUGUAGCGAGUUCAUCUUUCCAGUACCCAAACGUUUCCGAGAGGUUUGAGGAGGACCUUCAGAAGACCGGUUCAGACUAUGGUGACUCGUUCACGUUGCGUGAGCACAGCACCGAGGUAAGCGGGCUCAACAUGCUGGUCAAGACGGAGAAGGAGGAAUCGGCGUCCGGCGGCUUUAGCCGGGACGAAUGCCAGCUGGGCGCUGCCAAGCAGAACCAACUCGCCGACGUGUCUCUGGAUGAGCGGGACCACCAGCUUUGGUCGUCCAUCAUCAACGGGGACGACAUUGACUCUGCUUUCCCGGACUUUUCUAGCGUGGUGGACGAGUACUCUGAUGCAUUUCCCGAACCGCCUCGUAAGUUGGGAGGCGCCCCGCAGCCGGCCUGUAACGGUGUUUAUGACGGCGAGGAGCCGCCGUCAUCCACCUUUGCACCCAGACCUCAGUCGGACCCACGCAAAGAGCAGGUCUACCCGCAGAGGCGUCCCCAAGUCGGGGAACAGUCAGACAGGCCUCCCGCGACCGCCUCGCAAGUGUCUUUCGCCCAGCCGGACCCUGCCCACCGGCCUUUCUCGCGGGGCUUUGCCUGCGCGCAGUGUGGCAAGACCUUCUCCCGGUUGCACCAGUUCAAGCUGCACCAGCAGAGCCACCGGCGCAAGCGCGCCUUCUGGUGCGCCGUGUGUGGGAAAGGCUUCCAGUGCUCGUCGCACCUCAGCAUCCACCACCGCACGCACACCGGCGAGAAGCCGUACGGCUGCCUGCAGUGCGGUAAGCGCUUCACGCAGCAGAGCAGCCUGCGCGUGCACCAGCGCACGCACAGCGGCGAGCGGCCGUACAACUGCACCGAAUGCGGUAAGACCUUCAUCCUCAUGCACCACCUCAAGCGACACUGCGUCAUCCACACGUACAGCUGAUGGACUUCGCCGGCUUAGCUUAGUACGGACGUUGUACAGCCUUUUUUUUUUUAAUCUAUGCAAGAAAAAGGAUUGUGGUCUGCCUGGUUUAAAGACCCAAAUUGGACUGGACUGUGUUUCUACCAAGCGCAUAGUUCUGAUCCACGCAAGUCGCAGCUUUACCCACAGAGGCCAUACAAAUGCGCUGAGUGUGACUUUGUCAGACCUUGGACCCGUGCAAGGAGAAGGUCUACCAAGAGGGGCGUCCACAAGUCCGGAAACUGUUUCAUGGGGUGGCGGUGGCUGCAUGACGAGUCGCUUUCAGCCCUGCUGGAUGGUGGGUUGUGUUUGUGAGGAGGGUAGCAGGUAUUGAUUUUUCGUCAGGGUUCACUCAUGAUCAUAAACACGUUUGCCCGUUUUAAUGGUCGUAAUGUUUUUCUUGUCUCCUCGAAUUUUUCAAAAUGCCCUUCGAAAUUUUCAAAGUGCCCCUUAAAGUAAACCUGUACCUCGUAAACCUUCGCCGCUCAGUGGAAUAUGGGUUUUUAAGUUCAAUUCUGCCUCUGAAUUGUUAAAUGUGAGUUUGUGGGUCAGCAUUUAAUUUUGAGGCCAAAGUCACACAGUUUCAACGCAUUCAUUCACACAAAGGUUUCAGCCAUUCACAUGGCCAAAAGGCCGUCCCUCCGUCCGCAAGGAGGGAAUGUUGCUCCCUCCAUUGAACUGGAACGAGUCAUCCCCGUUCUUCGUUUAAAAAUUGCAAAACAUGCAAGACGUCAGGCAGCCAAAGCAGAAGAAAAAUGUCCUCAGGCAAAGCAGCCUUGAGGGAAACAACUCACGGUUGUACUUUGUUUCCCAACUUUAGUUA